GCAGGUUUAUGCUAAUCAGUCUCAGAGGAGGGGAGCGACGGAGCCAUUUUGUAGUCAUUUUAAACUUAACGUGGAAAUAAUGAGACUCUGCUCCGCGGACAUAAAACAAAAGUACUUUUUAUAACAUUAAAAACGUUAAAUGGAAUGUACCUGAAAGGCGAUGCGUGGGGACAAGGCGAGUUAAUGGAUUUUUCCAGGUGUUUUGGUGAAGUUGUGUGGAUCUAAGGAGUUUUACACUAUGGAACUUCCAAUGAACUGGAUCUGGGUUGGUGUGCUUUUAUAUGUUCCCUUGUUGGGAUGUUUCGAUCUUCACAUUUCGGAGACAUUGCACCCGGGGGCCGUUUUGGCGAAUUUAUCACUGGGACCCUCUUGGAUCUAUAAAAUCGAUAGGACUUUAACUCCCAAAUACAUUCAAAACUUUUUAGAAAUAGACGGCAGAAACGGAGUGCUCGUCCUUUCCCGAAAAGUGGACUGUGCGCGCAUACACAGGAAUCCUGCGCCGCUUUAUUUUAAAAUAAGAUCUUUGACAUCUGAAAACUUUAUCUUGACACAUUUUAACACGUAUGUUCAUGGGCAGGAUUGUUUCAUUAAAUACAAGAGAAAGAAUUCACCAGGUAAGCCCGAUGUCUACAUUCAUUUUAUUUCCAGAGUGAAGGCAGCGUCCUGCUUUUCGCCAGGUAAUUUGCUUUUGAAUAUAAAGGAACAUUUACCAGUAUUCACUCGGAAUUUAAAGUUUUCCAGAUGGUCAUGCACUGAAACGGACUUUAAAGUAGUUUUUAACAACGACAACGUAACAUUGAGCGGGCAUGGUUGCUUGCAGCCAGGGAAGCCGAGUGAGGCGGGUUUACUAUGCACAUUGCACGGAGAGGAGAGCGACCGCAUCUUCGUGCGUGUGAAUUUGCGGUUUGUGACAGCAGCAGGCAAUGGUUUUUUGAAUCCGUGGAACAAACGAAAAAGGAGAAACGUGAAUACUGCUCCCCAGUUUCAGCUGCCCACUUAUCAGGUGUCGGUCCCGGAGAACGAGCCGGCAGGAACUCGUGUCAUUACGCUCAAAGCGAUUGAUGCGGAUGAUGGAGAAGCUGGCAGGAUUGAGUACGCCAUGGCCGCUAUUUUUGAUAGUAGGUCAAAUGAUUAUUUUCAGAUCAACUCACAGACCGGUAGCAUCACAACAAUGCAGCCAUUAGACAGGGAGGUCAAGGACACGCACGUCUUUAAAGUGACGGCUACGGACAACGGUACUCCCCCUAGGUCAGCCACAACAUACCUUACAGUCACUGUCAGCGAUACAAAUGACCACGGGCCGGUGUUUGAACAGACUGAAUACCGGGUGAACAUUCGGGAGAAUGUGGAGGUGGGGUUCGAAGUGAUGACGAUAAGGGCUACAGACGGGGAUGCCCCCUCUAAUGCCAAUAUGAUCUAUAAGAUUGUAAAUUCUGAGGCCAAUCCUGGUUUUGAAAUCGAUCCCAGGAAUGGACUGGUUAAGAUCAAGGUUCGCCCAGACAGGGAAACUCAGGCCAAAUAUGAGCUGAUAGUGGAGGCUAACGAUCAGGGCAAGGAUCCAGGACCGCGCAGUGCAACGGCAACAGUGCACAUCAUUGUGGAAGAUGAGAAUGACAACUACCCCCAAUUCAGUGAGAAAAGGUAUGUUGUCCAGGUGCCGGAGAACAUAGCCAUAAACACAAAAGUAGCCCAGGUGGAGGCCACCGACAAAGACGAAGGAAACAAUGCCAAAGUCCACUACAGCAUCAUCAGUGGAAAUGUGAAGGGUCAGUUCUACAUCCACUCCCCCACAGGCGUCAUUGACGUCAUCAACUCCCUGGAUUACGAGCUGAUCAGGGAGUACAAUUUGCGGAUAAAGGCACAGGAUGGGGGCAGGCCCCCCCUGAUUAAUGGAACGGGCAUGGUCGUGGUCCAGGUGGUGGACGUGAAUGACAACGCCCCCAUGUUCGUCAGCACACCUUUCCAAGCCUCCGUUCUGGAGAGCGUGGCUGUGGGUUACUCCGUGAUCCACAUCCAGGCUAUUGACGCAGACUCUGGGGAAAACGCUCGUCUGGAAUACAGGCUCACAGGCACGCCGCAUGACUUUCCAUUCACAAUCAACAACAGCACUGGCUGGAUAACUGUUGCUCUUGAGCUGGACAGGGAGACCACUGAAUAUUACACCUUCGGCGUGGAGGCAAGGGAUAAUGGGAUUCCCGUGAUGUCAUCCUCGGCCAGCGUCAGCAUCACAGUGCUGGAUGUGAAUGAUAAUGUCCCCACUUUCACAGAGAAGGUGUACCAGCUAAAGAUCAACGAGGACGCCCUGGUAGGGUCCAGUGUGCUGACAGUCACAGCCAUCGACCGUGACGUGAACAGUGUGGUGACGUAUCAGAUCUCCAGCGGCAACACAAGGAAUCGCUUUGCCAUAACCAGCCAGAGCGGUGGCGGUCUCAUUACCCUGGCACUGCCACUGGACUACAAGCAGGAGCGCCAGUAUGUGCUGACAGUGACCGCGUCUGAUGGCACACGCUACGACACCGCCCAGGUCUUCAUCAACAUCACUGAUGCCAACACGCACCGGCCCGUGUUCCAGAGCGCCAACUACCAGGUGGUGAUCAACGAAGACAAGCCCGUGGGCUCCACAGUUGUGGUGAUCAGUGCGACGGACGAGGACACGGGUGAGAAUGCCCGCAUCACUUAUGUCAUGGAGGACAACGUUCCCCAGUUCAAGAUUGACCCAGAUUCGGGAGCCAUCACCACUCAGAUGGAGAUCGACUACGAGGACCAGGCCUCCUACACGCUGGCCAUCAUCGCUCGUGACAAUGGCAUUCCCCAAAAGUCCGACACCACCUAUGUAGAAAUCAUCGUCCUGGACGCCAAUGACAAUGCGCCCCAGUUCCUGCGAGACAUGUACCAGGGCAGCGUGUUCGAAGACGUAGCCGCCAUGACUAGUGUAUUGCAGAUCUCUGCUUCUGACAGGGACUCGGGGUCCAAUGGGAGAGUGAGCUAUACCUUUCAAGGCGGGGAUGAUGGGGACGGCGACUUUUCUAUUGAGCCCUACUCUGGAAUCAUCAGGACGGCCAGGAAGCUGGACAGAGAGAACGUGCCCGUGUACAACCUGAGAGCCUUUGCGGUGGACAGGGGCGUUCCUCCACUGAAGGCCGGAGUGGACAUCCAGGUGACCGUGUUGGACAUUAACGACAACGCGCCUGUGUUUGAGAAGGACGAGCUGUACAUAUUCGUGGAGGAGAACAGUCCCGUGGGUUCCGUGGUGGCACGGAUCACUGCUACGGACCCGGACGAGGGAACCAACGCCCAGAUAAUGUACCAGAUUGUGGAGGGAAAUAUCCCGGAGGUCUUCCAGCUUGAUAUUUUCAACGGGGACCUGACUGCCCUCACGGACUUGGACUACGAGUCCAAAACGGAAUAUGUGAUUGUGGUCCAGGCGACCUCCGCGCCCCUGGUCAGCCGGGCCACCGUUCACAUCCAGCUGGUGGAUGUCAACGACAACGCUCCGGUGCUGCAGAACUUUGAGAUCAUCUUCAACAACUACGUCACUAACAAGGCCAACAGCUUUCCGUCUGGAGUAAUUGGGAAGGUGCCAGCCCACGACCCGGACGUUUCGGAUAAGCUCCACUACAGCUUCGUGGAGGGUAACGACCUGCACCUGCUGAUCCUGGACCCGGACACAGGAGAACUGCGUCUGAGCCGAGACCUGGACAACAACCGGGCCCUGGAGGCUAUAAUGCGUGUUUCAGUCACUGAUGGAAUCCACCAGGUCUCGGCCCUCUGCACCCUGCGCGUCACCAUCAUCACGGACGACAUGCUGACCAACAGCAUCACGGUGCGCCUGGAGAACAUGUCCCAGGAGCGCUUCCUCUCGCCGCUGCUCUCCCUGUUCGUGGAGGGCGUGGCCGCCGUCCUCUCCACCAACCGCGCCGGCAUCUUCGUCUUCAACAUCCAGAACGACACGGACGUCCACGGCAGCAUCCUCAACGUCACCUUCUCGGCGAAGCUGCCCGGCGCGCCGCACGGGCGCUACGUGCCGUCCGAGGAGCUGCAGGAGCAGAUCUACCUGAACCGCACGCUCCUGACGCUCAUCUCCACCCAGCGCGUGCUGCCCUUCGACGACAACAUCUGCCUGCGCGAGCCCUGCGAGAACUACAUGAAGUGCGUCUCCGUGCUCAAGUUCGACAGCUCGGCGCCCUUCAUCACCUCCGACACCGUCCUCUUCCGGCCCAUCCACCCCAUCAACGGCCUUCGCUGCCGAUGCCCGCCGGGCUUCACCGGGGACUACUGCGAGACGGAGAUCGACCUGUGCUACUCCGGGCCCUGCCGCAACAACGGGAGGUGCCGCAGCCGGGAGGGGGGCUACACCUGCGAGUGCCUGGAGGACUUCACCGGUGAGCACUGUGAGGUCAACGCCCGCUCUGGACGUUGUCAGCCCGGCGUGUGUAAGAACGGGGGGAAGUGCGUGGACCUGCUGGUGGGGGGGUUCAUAUGCCAGUGUCCGGCCGGAGAGUACGAGACGCCCUACUGCGAGAUGACCACCCGCAGCUUCCCCGGGCAGUCCUUCGUCACCUUCAGGGGGCUGAGGCAGAGGUUCCACUUCACUGUGUCUUUUAUGUUUGCCACUCGUGACAGGAAUGCCCUUCUGCUGUAUAAUGGAAGAUUUAAUGAGAAGCACGACUUCAUUGCUCUGGAGAUCAUCGAGGAGCAGAUCCAACUCACCUUUUCUGCAGGAGAGGCCAAAACCACGGUGUCUCCCUUUGUCACUGGUGGAGUCAGCGAUGGGCAGUGGCACUCGGUCCAGCUCCAUUACUACAACAAGCCUAACAUCGGACGCUUGGGCCUCCCGCACGGUCCCUCGGGCGAGAAGGUGGCCGUGGUCGCCGUGGACGACUGCGACAUCGCCAUGGCGGUGCGCUUCGGUGGCCAGAUUGGCAACUACUCCUGCGCCGCCCAGGGCACCCAAACCGGGCAGAAGAAGUCCCUGGACCUUACCGGCCCGCUGCUCCUGGGCGGGGUUCCCAACCUCCCGGAGGAUUUCCCGGUGCAGAACCGAGACUUUGUGGGCUGCAUGAGGAACCUGACCAUUGACGGCAAGCCCACGGACAUGGCCAGCUUCAUCGCCAACAACGGGACCACUGAAGGCUGCACAGCCAAGAGGAACUUCUGCGCUGGAAAUGUUUGUCAGAACGGAGGCACCUGUGUGAAUAAGUGGAACACAUACUCCUGUGACUGCCCUCUACACUACGGAGGAAAAAACUGCGAACAAGUGAUGCCGUCCCCUCAGCACUUUAACGGCCACGCCCUGGUGUCCUGGAGCGACCCGGACAUCACCAUCGCCGUGCCCUGGUACCUGGGCCUGAUGUUCCGCACCCGGCAGAGCAGCGGGGCCCUGAUGCAGGCCAACGCUGGAGCCUCGUCCCAGAUCAACAUACUGAUCAGGAAUAAUCAUGUGUGUUUCGAGGUGCUCCUGGGAGAGACAGUGGUAGCGGUGCUGGAGUUCUCCCAGGUGCGGGUAAAUGACGGGGAGUGGCACCACGUGCUGGUGGAGCUGAGCAGCAGCAAGGAUGGGAAAGACCUCAAGUACACAGCCCUGGUGUCCUUAGACUAUGGCAUGUUCCAGAGGACGGUGGAGAUUGGGAAUGAGCUGCCAGGUCUGAAGCUGAAGAGUCUGUUUGUGGGCGGGCUGCUGAAGAAGGAUGGGUCUGUCCAGCAGGGCUUCCAGGGCUGCAUGCAGGGCGUCCGUAUGGGGGAGACGUCCACCAACACGGCCAACCUGAACAUGGAGCAGGGCCAAAAGAUCCGCGUGGAGGACGGCUGCGACCUGGCCGACCCCUGCGACUCCAUCAUCUGCCCCGAGCACAGCCACUGCAGCGACGACUGGAACACCCACACCUGCGUCUGCGACCCGGGCUUCUUUGGGAGGGACUGCGUGGACGCCUGUCACCUCAACCCCUGUGAACACGUCUCCAGCUGUGUCCACAAGCCCAGCUCUUCCCAUGGUUACACCUGCGAGUGUGGAAACAGCUACUUCGGACAGUACUGCGAGAACAAGGUGGACCAGCCUUGUGCUCAUGGCUGGUGGGGUAACCCAGUCUGUGGACCCUGCGACUGUGAUGUCAGCAAGGGCUUCAGUCCCGACUGCAACAAGACAACAGGAGAGUGUCGCUGCAAGGAUAACUACUACAAACCGAUGGAUGGGGACACCUGCUUCCCCUGCGACUGUUUCCACCUGGGCGCCGCCUCUCGCACUUGUGACCCCCAGACCGGGCAGUGCCCCUGCAAGGCGGGCGUGAUCGGCCGCCAGUGCAACCGGUGUCACAACCCCUUCGCCGAGGUGACGAUCAGUGGCUGCGAGGUGGUUUAUGAGGGCUGCCCCAAGGCCUUUGAUGCAGGUAUCUGGUGGCCCAAGACCCAGUUUGGUCGUCCGGCUGCAGUGAACUGUCCCAAAGGAUCUAUUGGCACGGCUAUCCGACACUGCAAUGAUGAGAAGGGCUGGCUGCCUCCUGAGUUAUUUAACUGCACUACCAUCACCUUCUCCCAGCUGAAGAAACUGAAUGAGGAGAUGCACCGGAACGAGUCCAUGAUGGAUGCUGAGAGGUCCAAGGCCAUUGCUCACAUGCUCCAGAAUGCCACCAAUCACACCGACGCCUUUUAUGGAAACGAUGUGAAGACGGCGUACCACCUGAUCUCGCGGAUCCUGCAGUACGAGAGCCAGCAGCAGGGCUUCAACCUGGCCGCCACAAAGGAUGCAGAUUUCACCCAGAACCUUAUCAGAGCGGGUAGCGCCAUCCUGGACCCAGAAAACAAGGAUCACUGGGACCAAAUCCAGCGAUCGGAAGGGGGUACUGCCCACCUCCUGCGGAACUUUGAGGAGUACGCCAGCACUGUGGCCCAGAACAUGAGGAAGACCCACCUGAAUCCCUUCACUAUAGUCACAGACAACAUGAUUCUUGUGGUGGAUUACCUGGACACCUCCAGCCCAGACCUCGCGAAGAUCCCUCGCUUUCAGGAAAUUCAGGAGGUUUAUCCUGAAGACCUGGAGUCUUCCGUACUGUUCCCAGAGUUCACCUUCAAACCGACAAAGGACAAAGUGAACCCUACAGACGAGACCCCCGCAGAGACAAACCCCACGACGGAGAAGGACGACGCGGCUCCCGCCAAGAAGAAACGUCAUGCCGAGAGCCUAGCGGGGCCCCGCCCGGUCGCCGUAGUGAUCGUCUACCGGUCCCUGGGCCAGCUCCUGCCCGAACGAUACGACCCGGACCGACGGAGCAUGAGGCUGCCCAACCGUCCCAUCAUCAACACCCCCAUCGUGAGCGCCAUGGUCUACAGCGAGGAGGGGUCCCUGCCCACCCCCCUGGAGAGCCCCAUCACCUUGGACUACCGGCUUCUGGAAACAGAGGAGCGAACCAAGCCCGUCUGCGUCUUUUGGAACCACUCCAUUGGAAUUGGAGAGAGGGGGGGCUGGUCAUCAAAGGGGUGCGACCUGGUGUUCCGGAACAGCACCCACAUCAGCUGCCAGUGCAACCACAUGACCAGCUUUGCCGUGCUCAUGGACAUCUCCACCCGAGAGCAGCACGGGGACGUUCUUCCCCUGAAGAUCGUCACCUACACCACGGUGUCCGUGUCUCUGAUGGCGCUGCUCCUCACCUUCAUCCUGCUGGCCAUCAUCCACAAGCUGCGCUCCAACCUGCACAGCAUCCACAAGAACCUGGUGGUGGCGCUCUUCUUCUCCGAGCUCAUCUUCCUCAUCGGCAUCAACCAGACCGAGAACCCGUUCGUGUGCACGGUGAUUGCCAUCCUGCUGCACUACUUCUACAUGUGCACCUUUGCCUGGAUGUUUGUGGAGGGCCUGCACAUCUACCGCAUGCUGACCGAGGUGCGCAACAUCAACCACGGCCACAUGCGCUUCUACUACGCCAUCGGCUGGGGCAUCCCUGCCGUAAUCACCGGCCUGGCCGUUGGGUUGGACCCGCAGGGCUAUGGGAACCCGAACUUCUGCUGGCUGUCCGUCCACGACACUCUGAUCUGGAGCUUUGCUGGGCCCAUCUCCAUUGUCGUUCUGGUCAACAUAGUGAUAUUUGUGCUGGCAGCGAAGGCCUCGUGUGGCAGAAGGCACCGAACGUUCGAGAAAUCCGGGGCCAUCUUGGCCCUACGUACAGCGUUCGUUCUCCUGCUGCUCAUUAGCGCCACCUGGCUCCUGGGCCUGAUGGCGGUCAACAACGACGUCAUGGCCUUCCAUUACCUCUUCGCCAUCUUCAGCUGCCUGCAGGGAAUUUUCAUAUUCUUCUUCCACUGCAUCUUCAACAAAGAAGUGAGGAAGGGUCUGAAGAAUGUCUUCACGGGGAAGAAGCCUCUGCCAGAUGAGACCACCACCACACGCGCCACACUGUUAACUCGCUCUCUGAACUGCAAUAACACGUACACGGAGGAGGGGGCGCUGUACCGCACUCCCAUUGGGGAGUCCAAUGUGUCCCUGGACAGCACUGUCAGGUCAGCCAAGAGCCACAGCAGCUACCUUGCUUAUGCUCUCAGUAGGGACGAGGUUGGACAGAAGUCCGGCCUCUCCUCCGGAUCGGCCAAAGCGGCGCGCGCCGAGGGGGACUCCUCCCUCUUCCACCGAAAUGGCACCAAGGGCGACGACUCGGACUCGGACAGCGAGCUCUCGAUGGACGAGCACAGCAGCUCCUACGCCUCCUCGCACUCGUCCGACAGCGAAGACGACGAGGUGGACAUGAAGCCCAAGUGGAAUAACGAGCGGCAGCCUCUCCACAGCACCCCGAAAGUGGACACGGUAUCCAAUCACGUGAAGCCUUACUGGCCAGUGGAGGCGACGACAGCCAGUGACAGCGAGGACCUGGGCGGGGCGGAGAGGCUGCGGGUGGAAACCAAGGUGAAUGUGGAGCUCCACCCAGAGAAUAAGCUCAACCACAUCGGGGAGCCACCCCCACCAGACAAGGAUCCCCCAGCCAACGAAGGCGCGCCCCCCAACCAUCCCAAUAGCAACCACCACGCGGAGCAGAGGAAGGGGAUUCUGAAAAACAAAAUCACGUACCCUCCCCCACUGACAGACAAGAACAUGAAGAACCGUCUGAGGGAGAAGCUGUCGGACUACAACCCGCCGACCAUCAGGUCCAAAACGCCGUCGGUGGGGUCGAACGACGGUGUCCGCCCGGUCACUGGCACCAACAGCUCCAUCAUCAAGCCCCCUCAGCGGCCGACGGUGACCCCCCACGAGCAGCUCAACGGGGUCGCCAUGAGCCUUCGGGCGGGUGGCGUCAACGGGGGCGACGCCUCUGACUCAGACGGAAGUAAUGAAACCUCAAUCUGACCCAGCAGGAAAUCCAAGGAGACCGUGCCUUCAUGAGGAGGGGGAGGGGGAAGGGUAGGGGCCACGCCCGUGCCCGCGUGCCGUAUAUAAAUGCGGGGCUCGCAGACCCCCCACCCUUUGAACCCCUUAAGUGCCUUAGCUCCUCAGCUCCUAUGGAGAACAGUAUUACUGCAGACUUCUGCCUGCCAGA